UGAGAUAAGAGGUGAUAAGAUCCGGACUCUUGUUAAAUUAAACCUGUCUCCACGUGACCUCAACAUCAUGUGACCGUUAAUGACAAUUGUUGGCAAGUUACUAAUCGACUGCCAAUGGCGAUGAAUCGCAAAUAUGGUUCGUUGGUUUUACUUCACUUCGGUCUGUGCUGCAGUAUUCUGGUGAUCUCUGUUCGCGCCGCGGAGGUGUGUACCAAAGUGAGCGACUGCGCAUGCGAGAUGUCUGCCGGGAGGAUCGAUCUGUCACCCCUAGCCAAUAACGACAACACGCCCAAAUAUAAAGACCAGCUAGGGCAAGAUGGAUGGUACUACUCGUGGAAUCCAUGUAACACAUUUUCACAAGGAACAGCUGGCGGAUGUACCAGUGUUGCGGGCUGUCAGACGGAUCAAACUUCUGAGUAUUUUAGUCUGGGAACUCAAAAGUCAGCAGUGUUUAUUAACGACGUCAGCACUGGCGCAUUGCAGUUAGAGUAUCAAGCGUCUACGUCGUCACCACCCAGAACGUUGUAUGUGACGUUAGUGUGUUCUAACAGUUCCGGAAGCACCCUAUCUGUACUUGGUGAAAGCCCAACCGGAAGUGGUCAGUAUUACAUGACGCUAACAAGUCCAAAUUGCUGUCCCGGUCACGGCGGCGGUUCGUCCGGUGGUUUGUCGGUGGGAACAAUCAUUGUCAUAGUAUUUUUUGUCGUUGUAUUAGUCUAUGCUUUGGGCGGGCUGGUGUUCCAGAUCUUCGUACGUAAGGCUUCGGGGAAAGAAAUAAUGCCGAAUUAUGACUUUUGGUCGUCUGUACCAGGUUUGAUAGAGAGUGGGGCCAUAUUUAUUUUCUGCUGUGGAAAGAGAAGUGAAUAUGGGAAAAUCUGAAGAUAACAGUGAUUCAGUUGCCAUGAAGAGGCCGUGAAAAUAUUUACUGUGAAUCUGUGUGUUUACGUUAAAUGUCAUGAAAUAAAAACUAUCACAUCCAAAAGAUAGACUGAGACAUUUUCAAACAAGACAAAAGGAAGGCGUAACAUAUUUUUUUAAUUUUAAUUUGGUUGUAGUAUUGUCAGCAUAUUUAUUUGCCAAAUAUAAUACAUUACGUAUCUACAUUAAUGAACACAUCAGUCAGUUAUAGCAGUACAGAUACUUGAUCAAUAAAUGGCUCAACAAAAUAAUACCUGAAAAUACAUUGUGUAUAUAAUGAAAAACAAAAGAAAGACGAAUAUUUCAAUAUAUUUAUUUUGUCAUGAUUAAAUUAAUUUGGCAAAUUGACGGUAUAAGAGACGGUAAAAUGGACGUAAAAUGUCCACAAUACAUUGAUAAUUUAAACAGACACAAAAACUAAUGAGAUUCAAAUUGAAUAAUUUGUAUUUAAAUUAAAGAAAACUAGUUUAA